GGGCGGGUGCGCGAUCUCGCGCCUUCGCAUCCCUUCACCUCCUGGCGCGAGCCGUACCAACGCUUCUAACCGUCCGGAGAAUUCGUGCAUCACUCAGCCCCGCCUUCGGCCUCAGCCUCCCACAUUUCACCUGCUGGGUAGCUACCUUUGCUCGCUGUUCCUUAUGGCCUUGGUUACGGUGCAACGUUCUCCAACCCCGAGCGCUUCCUCCAGUCCCAGUGUCUCGGAAGGUGGAAGUGAUGAUGAUCGUAGAUUACAACAACAGAGUCUCAGCGACAGUUUCUUCACAGUUAAGGGUGCGGCACUUUUCCUACAACAGGGAAGCAGCUCACAGGUCCCACGAUGUUACCGUCACCACACGUAUGCAGGAGACCUCCAGCUCCAUCUUCAAGUGAUGAUUAAUCACCUCCGCCCUGAAGACAGGAUAAAGUUGGCAGUGCGCCUGGAAAGCAUGUCUGUUCAUCGAGUCCGAUACAUGGUAGUUGUGUAUACUAAUGGCCAUCAAGAUACAGAGGAGAAUGUCCUUCUGGGAAUUGACUUUGCAAGCAAAGAAAGUAAUUCAUGCACUAUAGGAUUGACCCUUCCUCUCUGGAGUGAUACAAAGAUUCACCUGGAUGGAGAUGGUGGAUUCAGUGUGAGUACAGUGGAUCGUAUUCAUAUCUUCAAGCCAGUUUCUGUACAAGCCAUGUGGUCAGCACUACAAAUUCUCCACAAAUCCUGUGAGACAGCGCGUAGGUACAAUUACUAUCCGUCGGGAAUUGCUUUGACUUGGACCAGUUACUAUGAGAGUUGCAUUAACUCGGAUCAAAGUUGUAUUAAUGAAUGGAAUGCAAUGCAAGACUUGCAGUCCAUGCGGGCUGACUCACCACCAAUGUUUAUCGAUAAACCAACAGAGAAUGAACUAACUGAACGAUUAAUAAAAAAUAAACUAAGAUACAUAAUGAUGAGCAAAGAUUUGGAAAAUGUGACAUCUAAAGAUAUUCGAAAUGAGUUGGAACAACAGAUGAACUACAAUCUGAAAGAGUAUAAAGGAUUUAUUGACAAUGAAAUGCUGAUCAUUUUAGGACAAAUGGAUAAAGCUACCCUAAUAUUUGAUCAUCUUUAUCUGGGUUCAGAGUGGAAUGCUUCGAACUUGGAAGAACUUCAAAGCACAGGUGUUGGGUACAUCUUAAAUGUAACCAGAGAAGUAGAUAACUUCUUCCCAGGAUUGUUCUGCUAUCACAAUAUUCGAGUGUUUGAUGAGGAUGCUACGGACCUACUGGCAUAUUGGAAUGAUGCAUAUAACUUCAUAACAAAAGCCAAGAAAGAUCAUUCCAAGUGUCUGGUACAUUGCAAAAUGGGUGUUAGCCGGUCCGCAUCAACUGUCAUCGCGUAUGCAAUGAAAGAAUAUAGAUGGUCACUCGAGAAAGCCUACAAAUAUGUGAAGGAAAAACGGAGUGUUGCACAACCAAAUGCAGGGUUCAUGAGGCAGUUGGCAGAAUAUGAAGGCAUAUUAGAUGCUAGUAAACAUCGACAUAAUAUCUUGUGGAGACGCAACUCUGAAAGUGACUUACAAGAGACUGUGAGCGAUCCAAUGUUCCAGAGUAGGAGAGCAUCUACUCAGCAAGACUUGAACAGAUGUAAAGCAGGAGUUCAGCAUACAUGUGAGGAGCAGAAAUAUAAUGAUGCUGAAACAUUUAUGAAUGUGGCAAUGACCAAUAAGGAUGAAAGUGAGCCAGCUAAUUUCAAUUACUACUUCAGGUGUUUAUCAGACCCUGUUACGGACAGUGCCUACAACAGGCAGCAGAGAAAGCUAGAACAAUUUUCGGUUCAUUUUGACAAUGUGGAAAAGAAUGAAAUUCAGAUUGAUAAUGCAGAUUUCAGGUGCACAGAAGAUGGUGUCCAUGACACUGGGAUGCUUGCAUCAUCUCAGCUUCAGGAUGGCUAUGACAGUGAAAGCAGACUGCAAGGCCAGAAGGGAAAUACUCUCAAGAUGUCAACAGCAGCGGAGGAGCCAGAAGAGGAAAAUGAGAACACGUUGAAUUUGGAUACGCAUGAUCAAGUUGACCAAUUCAUGGUAAAUGGACCUAAUACAGAAAAUAAUGCAGAGGCCAUUGCAAAUCUAAAAGGCGUGCUACAGCCAGAUUCAACAUUCAGUGCGGAAAGUCAACUCGGUAAAGACAAUGUGAAUAAUAACAACAACAGCACAAGAAAUUAUUUGGAAGUGGAUGAAGAUCUAACUACUACUGAAACCUCCAACAGUAUCAGACCUAUUAAUAAAUUUGCUUUGGACUGCUCGGAUUCUGUAAGUAAUCUUGUGUGCGAGCGAUUUACGGACCGUUCUAAAAACUUGUAUCAGGUAAAGAUAUGUAGUACCAGCACGAAAGAGAGCCAAGCAACCGAGUCCAAUAAUUUGGGAUAUUUAUUGAACGGAGCUUCAGAUGUGCAAAUGACUGAAACAUUCUCUGGGAUUCCCAAUAAAACGGAAGUGGCAGAAAAACCUGUCAAUAGAUUUGAUGCCAUUUAUACAACUGAUACAAUACUUUUGCAUGAAACUACAGAAACAAAUGUAGGUUUACGACCAAACUCUGAAGAACAGCAGGAAAAGACCAUGGUAGCUUAUCACAAUUGCAGAAACGUGACCAGUGAUUUCCAUACUGAAGUAUUGGUCCUUGAUGCAAUGACUUCGUUGUCUGGUAGGCGGCAAGACUUGAAACAAUUGCCAGUAGUAAGCUCAUGUAUGGGCAGCCAUGAAUAUCUGAAAACUUUAAUUGAUUCAAAGACUGGGUUUGUUUCUUCAGGUUCUAAAGUUGAUGAACAUGUGUUGCAAAUUCCAGAAUUCAAAAUGCAUCAGUCAGAAGAUAAAUUAAAUCAGUUAACUCGUAAUGCUGUAACUUUAGGAAAUGAACGGGAUAAUAUAGCUGAAAUUAUGGAACAGUCUAAGUGUAUGCUUUCUAUGCCAUCUAGUAGGCAACAAAUUGAAGAUAAGUUAGUAGGUUUUCCUAGCAGCAGUAAUGAAAAGAUGAGUGUUAAACCAAAGAAAGACGUGAAGCAACUGCUAAAUAACCAAGAGAUGGAAAAGUCAAAAAUCCAGAGUUACUUGAUGCAGCAUCAAGAAUCUAUCCUUCAGCUACAGAAGGCUGGGUUGGUUAGAAAACAUACCAAAGAAUUGGAAAGGCUAACGUUUCUGAUGUCUCCAAAUAGGCAAGUCCAGAGCCCAAACCUUGAAAAUACGAAACCUGCAUUCGCAGAGGGUGAUUCCUUAGAUUUGACCCUGCAUGAGCCCGUGGUAGACAUUCAGGAUCUUGCACAGUCUUAUGAAGAUAUGGAGAACAGUGUGCUGUCUGAGCUUAGCUGUGAUGAGUUUUAUUUUAUGGACGGUUUAUGCCAGAAAACAUCCACACCUUAUGUAAGUAAUAGGAGUGGAUCAGGAUAUCUCAGUAAGGAUUGCUUGCAGCAAAUCUGUGCAACACUGAUACCAUCACCUUUAACUUCAAGCUUGACUCGUAGCUCCAGCAGUGAUAGCCUUCACAGUAUUCAAGGACAGCCUGGUUUAGUUGAACUACGGAGACAGGAAAUCGAAGCCAGGAUGCGUCAGGCAGGACUGACCAUCUGUUCAGAAAUGAAGCGAUCUCAUUCCAUAGCCAAACUUGGAAGCCUGAACAUAUCUAGUGAGGAUCUGUCAUCCAAGGAAAAAGAAGCCGAAACUUCCAUCGGUUCAAGUAACAUUAAAUUGGUUGAGAGUUUAUUGUUGCCUAAUGUUAUUGAAAAAAUGAAGUGGAAAAGCAGUCUUUGUGAGGAAAUAGAUAUGCAAACUGAAACAACUUCGAUCAUGGAGCCACUGAAAUCAAUUGAGACUUCCAGUUCUAUAUCGGAACAUAAAACUCUGCCUUAUAUUCAGUGCACUGGUCAAGCUGAACACCCUUGCCGGAUGUUUUCUCCUACCAAAUACAGUGUUAGUGAUCCAGAGAUUACACAGCAAUUUGAAGAUUUUAUUUCAGUUCCUUCAUUUGAACUAAGCCAAUUCCAUACUCAGAGUGCUAACGAACUUUGUCCUUUGGCUUCCAAGGAACAGAAUGUACGAAUUCAUCCUGUGUGGAAGCUCAGAAAGGCAUGUGAGAGAAAGAGAACUAACAACUUACUCUAUAACACCAUGUGAUUAUUUGGCAACAAGAAUACAUUCCAAUCUUCCUUUUAAAGACAAGAACUUUAAACCAAAAAUUCUAACCUCUGUUAUCUGAUCUCCUAACAGCUCAGAAAAUUAUUCAAAAACAUCCAUUUUGGAAAGUACGGUUCUAUGCUGAAUAGUUCUUUUUAGACUGAAUCUAGAAUUUCCUGAAAUUGCAUUUUCACUUUUGAAAAAUUUCACAUUUUGUAACCUCAAACAUACCAAGUUUUUUUUUAAGAAAGGAGGCCAAUUCAAAGUACAAAUUCAGUUAGCCCUAUUGAAUUUUGGAAAUAUGCCCAUGAAAUUUGAAUGUUACUUGAAGCCUAGGCCCUGAAAAACUAUGAUUUGUUACAUUCUCCUAACCAGCAGAAAUCUGAACCAGAAAAUCACAUGGAUUAAGAAGAAGCUUCAUAGCUGCAGUGACUUGUCUCCAAUCUUGCAUGAUUUGCACCUUUUUUUUUAAUAAAAGCCUUUAUCUUUGGGGGAGAAUGUUGCUUACAAGUUCCAUUGAUUUAGGGGUCAAAAUGGAACUCCUGCUAUAAGCUUGGCAAUGAUUCCUUCUGUCUAAACAAAGACAAAUUGAGAUAUGCUUCCUUUUUGGACCUACUGUAAAUAUUUUCUUCCAUACUUGCCUUAAGCUGAAGUAAUGUAGACAGUAUGCUUUCAAAGACACACUUCAAAUUGUGACAGUUUGUGAUGAGCUUUUUUAUUAAAAACAAAGUUAAGGAAGAUCUAUUUUUCAGAUCUGUCAACAUUUACUGACCUUGAUCCAAGAAAAUAAGCUACACUAAUCAGACCGGUAUAUAUCUAAACUGUCAGUGUACAACAGCAGUACCUAUGAUUACCUGUGAUUCUUGUAUGGGCAAUGGCAUGCUGUUAACACUGUUACUGUUUGCAAGCCAGUCCCUAAGCUAUUCAACUGAAGGAGGCAUUUGAGCUUUUUCUUUCUUAUGUUGAGACCAGAAUCUGUGACGAGUACUUUAGAUAAUUUAACAUUCAAGCUACUUUUCUGUUAAAAGGAGGUCUGUUAGCACUUUUUUAAUCAAUUCAGUAGUGAUAAUAAAAAUAUAAUUGUUAGGUAUUUCCAAUUAGAGCUUCCAUUGUAAAUCUUAUAUUUUCAACCUUGGAAUGUUUUAAUUUUGCCUUUGUAGAGGUGAUUUGUCCAUGAAUCUAACCAAAACAGUGGAAAUACCCAGUGCCCUCAUAUACUUAAGUACAUGUUCUGUUCAUAUUUUUUCUGUGACUUGAAUUGCUGUUUUUUAAAUUCCUUUCUUUCUAGAACUUUUCCCAUUCAAGGAAGACAAUUUGGGGAAGUAAAAAGAUGAAAGUGCUACUGAUUCAAGUUUCUGGUUAAAAUUGAGACAUUUAGAAUAUGUGAAACUCUUUAAAUGUGAUUCUGACUUUCAGUCAUAAUUUUUAAUGCCAUGUGACUACAUAAAUUGGCAUUCUAGUCCACGCAUUUAAUAGUUAAUCACCUUACACCUGCAAAACUUGAGGGUUUCAUUAUAAGUUAAUGUAUGUACUAAGUUAUUAUGAGCAGGUUUUUGUGAGAAAUGUUUUAAGAUGCAUUCUUCAGUAGAAUCUAUGCUGUGAUUUAUUUUCAAUGAAAACAGUGCUUAAAAUAUUUUUAUUUCAUUUGUAAAGAUGUACUUCAGUGCCUUUCAUUUUGUGAAUACUGUAUGUGCAAUGGUUAUUGAGAGAGCGAGCAUGAUCUUACAGAUGCAGUAUCCAGAAACAAAUGUGGAAUGUUAUUGAAUAAUGUCUCCAACAAGCUGUUCAAAAUUCAUGUACAUGAAUAUUCACUUUGUAUAGUUUUCUUUUCAAGAGAGGUCCGAUUUUGUGAUUUAAAAAAAAGUAACUUUUUACUGUUAGCCCUGCACGUUAGUUGUAUGCAUAUUGCACUUUUUUUUAACAUUUGUUAACGUGAACUGUGCAAGUAUAUGUUGAAAAUAAAUG